GUUUGCGUUACAAGGUAGGCUCCACUAGCUGUUCACCCUUUCUUGACCCUUUCCCGUUUUUUCCUCCCUUCUAAAUUUAGCUCCAACUUUUCCUCCCUCAGUUUAUUUUUGCAGAAUCUAAUUUUAAUUUCCAUUGUCUUUCCUCCUCAAAAUUAUUUUCACUCAUCAUUAAUAUCUCCUAACUCUCAAUCAUCAGUUUCGUUUCUGCUUAAUCAGGAUCCUUUGGCACUUUCAAAUGGAGGAUGUUGAUGACAAGCUGCCACUGCCAGAACCCUCUUCAGUAAGUGCUGAAUUGAAGCCACAGGCAGAAACCACUGAAGAAAAUCCUGAAGUGAUAAACCCACCCAGUAGUCAGUCUUUUGUUGAAGCUCCUAUCAACCAAAUUAAUAAUAAUAAUAAUAGAAUGGAUUCUGGCACUCAUUUGCCAGUAACCGAGUUCUCUGACUUAGGAGUGUCCCUAAAUGCUUUUGAUGGAACAGAACAAAACCACCAGGGAGCCACAGUUGCAGAUUCUGAACGAGGGCCUUCGGAAGAAGAUAUCUUUAACAGGCAGCAGGAUGGUGUUUCUACUGCCACUGCUAGUGGUGAUGUUGAUAAUCCGAUGAAUCUCUCAACUUCCUCUUCUGAAAGAAAAGAUUUGCAGACCAGCCCCAUAGAACUAAUAACAGAACCACCUCAAAUUAAGCUUACUGAUGUUCCCGUAGAUAAUUCAGCUUCAACUCCAAACAUUACAGUUCAUGUAACAGAACAAAGUGACCAGGGAGCCAUGUCUGCAGAGUCUGAAGCUGGAGCUUUAGAAGAUAUCUCAGACAGGCAACAGCAUGGUAGUGAUGUUGAUAAUCAGAUGGAACUCUUGACUUCCUCUUCUGAGGAAAAAGAGUUGCAGAAUGACCAUAAAGAACUAAAGAUUGAUCCAUCUCAAACCAAGGAUACAGAUGUUGCUGUAGGAGCUGUUGGUUCACCUGCUGUCGUUGCUGGCAAUGGUGCUGAUAAUCAGAUAAAUCACUUGGAUUCCCCUUCUGAAAAAAUUGAGCUGCAAAAUGACCACAAAGAACAAAAGAUAAAACUGCCCCAACCCAAGAUUGCUGAUGUGUCUAGAGGAGCUGUUGAUUCACCUGCUGGCAGUGAUGAUAAUCAAACAAAACUCUCGGCUUCCUCUUCUGAAAAAAUAGAGUUGCAGAAUGACCAGACGGAACUAAAGAGAGAUACAUCUCUGACCAAUAUUUGUGAUAUUGCUGUGGGAGCUGUUGACUCGCCUACCUAUGCAAAGCAGAUUGCUGCAAGAAGAGGCCUUAUUGAUACAGCAGCUCCAUUUGAAUCUGUCAAGCAAGCUGUUUCCAAGUUUGGAGGCAUUGUGGAUUGGAAGGCUCAUAGAGUCCAGACCGUGGAGAGACGCAAGCAUGUAGAACAUGAACUUGAUUUGGUACAGCAGGAGAUCCCGGAGUGCAGAAAAAAAUCGGUGGUUGCUGAGCAAGCAAAAACGCAAGUACUGCAGGAGCUGGAUAGCACUAAGAGGCUAAUAGAAGAACUAAAACUUAACCUAGAGAGGGCGCAAACCGAAGAGCGUCAGGCAAGACAGGACUCAGAACUUGCAAAGCUUAGAGUGGAAGAGAUGGAGCAAGGUAUUGCAGACGACUCUAGCAUUGCAGCCAGGGCACAGCUGGAGGUAGCUAAAGCUAGGUACACAUCUGCUAUUACAGAGUUAACAUCUGUAAAAGAGGAGUUGGAAGGAUUGCGCGGGGAAUAUGCAGCAUUAGAUGUUGAAAAAGAUGAAGCUAUUAAGAGAGCUGAAGGCGCUGUUGCUUCAUCGAAGCAAGUGGAGAAGACAGUGGAAGACUUGACUAUUGAGCUGAUUGCCACAAAGGAGGCAUUGGAAAUUGCGCAUACCGCACACAUGGAAGCGGAGGAACACAGAAUAGGAACAGUCAUGGCAAGAGAUCAAGACUAUCUCAAUUGGGAAGAGGAACUUAAACAAGCAGAAGAAGAAAUCCAGAGUCUCAACCAGAAAAUUUUGUCUGCUAAGGAUCUCAAAUCUAAAUUGAACAUGGCCUCCGCUUUGCUGCUUGACUUGAAAGCUGAAUUAAAUGCUUAUAUGGAAUCAAUACCUAACCAUGAAGGUGACAAAGACGGAGUCUCAAAAGGAGAGCUAGAGAAACCAGAGAAGAAGACACCCAAUGAAAUUCAAGAAGCAGUUGCAUCAGCCAAAAAGGAACUUGAGGAAGUGAAGCUUAACAUAGAGAAAGCUACCACUGAGGUAAAUUACUUAAAAGUGGCCGCGGCAUCAUUAAAAUCAGAACUUGAAAAUGAGAAAUCAUCUUUUGCCUCCAUCAGGCAAAGAGAGGGAAUGGCAUCCAUUACAGUUGCAUCUCUUGAAGCAGAACUGGACAGCACUAGAUCAGAAAUGGUUUUGGUUCAGAUGAAGGAAAAAGAAGGCAGAGAGAAAAUCGCUGAGCUACCGAAGAAACUACAGCAAGCAGUUGAAGAGGCUAAUCAGGCCAACUUGCUUGCUCAAGCGGCUCGCGAAGAGUUGCGACGAAUAAAGGAGGAGGCGGAGCAAGCAAAGGCUGGUGCAAGUACAAUGCAAAGCAAAUUACUUGCAGCUCAAAAGGAGAUUGAGGCCGCCAGGGCUUCUGAAAGGUUGGCAAUAGCAGCAACUAAAGCAUUGCAAGAGAGUGAAUCAUCAUCUAGGAACAACAAUGAAUUGGAUUCAUCCUCUUGGGUGACACUUUCUGUGGAGGAGUACUACAAUCUCAGCAAACAAGCACACGACGCAGAACAGCAAGCGAAUAUGAGGGUUGCAGCUGCUAAUUCUGAAAUUGAGAUAGCUAAGGAGUCUGAAUUGAAAACCUUGGAGAAGCUGAAUGAUGUGAAUAGAGAGAUGGCUGCUAGAAGGGAAUCUCUGAAGAUUGCAAUGGAUAAAGCCGAAAAGGCAAGGGAGGGAAAGUUAGGCGUAGAGCAAGAACUAAGAAAAUGGAGGGCUGAACACGAGCAACAGCGAAGAAAUGCCGGUGAAUCAGGCCAAAGAGGAGUGGUGAAGCAGAGUAGUAAAAAUCCUGAGGUUAGUUUUGAAAGACACAAGGAAGCAAAUAGCAUUGACCAAACUCGUAGUGGACCUAUUCCUGCACGUUACUUUUCCACUCCAAAGUCUUUUUCCCAUUCAAACAGUGUAGCAUCCGCAGAUGCAAAAACUGGAAAGAAGAAGAAGAAGUCAUUUUUCCCAUGGGUUUUGAUGUUCUUUGGGAAAAAAAAGGCACAUUCGACGCAUUAAGUGUUAGCCCUAUUGAAAGUAUAUGCAUUGUAAUGCUGCUGCAGUCAUCUGAACAUCUCAUCCUUUCGGAGGUUAUUCAAAAUUAUACCAUACUUGUACAUGUUAGUGAUUACUGUAUGUAUGGUUGAUUGCAUUAUACAUUUAUACUCCAUGUCACAGAGAGGAUUGUGAAUGGUCUCCAACUCACCACUUUAUGAGAAUUGAGAACAUAAAAGUAAGUUCUUCAUCCCUGGUGAGAAAAGAAAAAGAAUAAGAUGAUUACUGUAUUGUGUAUAGGCUUCUGAUAUAUUGAACCUCGGUUUUGGUAAAGAUAUGUGAGAUUUGAUAUCAAAUCAAAGAAAUUUUUUGAGCUUGAGAUUUGGAGUAUUAUGAAUGGCACAGUGUGUGCAUAUUGGAAACAUGUCAUCCAACUGAGCUGGUUACAGUAAAA